CGGCGCUAUUAACAUCUGUCGUCCCCUGCACUCAUACAACGUGUUUUCAGACCUGAUAUGGCCAACAUGAAGCAAGAGGACCCAGAAAUCAGUGUGAAAACACAGGCCCGAUAUUGUUCAAUAGCCUGGAAGUACUACAUUAAAAAUGAGAGCAAUGCCACUGUUUACUGCAGGCUGUGUAAGACGGACUUUAAGUUCUCCUCAAAUACUGCUAACAUGAUAAAACACCUCAGAGUGAAACAUCGACUGAACAUCCCCGCAGUAGCCAGCGGCGGAGAGAGACUGUGCGCGGAAGGGCCAGGCGAAGGCAACAUGGACAUGGAUCUCCCACCACAAAGGCAUCCUGAAAUCCUCAGCGGUCAAAAUCUAAGAAGGAGAAUGCAGCGUUUUUUGCCAUUUUCGGAUCGCCGCACGUCGAAAGUGUGGAACCACUACACUCAGCUAAGUCUGCAUCGUGUCGAGUGCAACCAUUGUAAGAGACAGCUUUCCUUUCACAACAGCACUACUUCCAUGAGAGAACACUUAGGACGCAAACACAGCAUUCGGGAAGGAGCGGUACCCCCUCACAACACAGCAGGCAUCCCCACCCCUGCAGCAUUACAUUCACACAUUCAGACCGCUUUACAAGCUAACAGAUACAACACCGCAGGCAAUGCUGCGUUUCAACCGGCACUACCUGUUGCUAUUAAAGAGGAGCAGGUAGAAGUACUGACAGCUGAGAUGGGAGAGACCAAACCUGCUCGGACCACAUACGCCCCUGACUGUGCGGCCGGAAGCGGUACUUCGAAUUCAAAUGCCAUUGUGCACCAAGAUACAGAUGUGGGCUGCCUAAUGUAUAAUUUUCCUGCGGGGGAGAUGAGCAGCACUGCUGGAGGCAGUAGCAUCCGCACCGGCACAAAAGCCUGCAGCAACAAGCGAGCUGAGGUUUUGACCGAUCUUAUCUUGGAGAUGGUCUUCAGAGACCUUCAGCCAUUGUCUGUGGUGGAAGAGAGGGGGUUCAAGCUCUUACUGAGUUGCCUAGAGCCUAACUACCCCGUGCCGUCUCCAUCUCUGCUUGGCAGUCUACUUUGGCAUCGUUACCACAUCCUCAAGCAAUGCCUUCAGCAGCAUCUUCAGGCAAGUCUAGCUUCUCACUGUCUGACCCUCUGCACCGAAUACUGGCGAUCCGUAGAUGGAUGUGGGGUUGGAGGGGAUGGUCAGUACUACCUUACAGUCAGUGCGCAUUUUGUCGACCCUCACUGGCGCCUGGCACGAUGUGUGCUCGAGACCCGACCGAUAGCAGAAUUCAAAGGAAACCCAUCAGAGAGAGGGCAAGUCAGCGUUGCAGACACCCUGAAAGGAGUCCUCACCGAGUUCCAGCUUCCAGAGGACUUUGUUUUCUGUGUUGUGCAUGACACCCCAAGUGGAUCCGAGUCUGGUGGGCAGGAGAAUAUGACCAUCGAUCCGGAAUAUCAGCAAGAAUUUGCUGGACCCAGCCAUCCUCCCCCCAGUAAUCUUCCGGAGGGAUGGUCACCUCUGCUUUGUGCAGGACAGGCCCUGAAACUAUGUGUCCAGGAGGGACUUUGCGUGGAGACUGUGAGACAAGCUCUGGCAGAUGCUCGCACCAUCGUCCUACACUUCCAGCAUGAUGUGAGCGCUUCGACAGCACUGAGCCAGAAAGCUGAGGCUGUUAAUAAAGAGUCUGUAACCCUGGUCUUGAACGACCCAGGGCGCUGGACCACGGCCAUUGAGAUGUGUGAGAGUCUUCUGGAGCUCAAGUGGGUAAUAAGCUCCGUCUUAGAGGAGCAAAAAGUUGCAACAAAUCUGGCAGAUCACCAGUGGCGCCUUAUACAUGAACUGGUCCCUGUGCUCAAAACGGUUCGCAUUGCGGCAUCGUUUUUGAGUGAGGACAUCAAUGGACCCAUUUCAGCCCUGAUGCCAUGCCUCCAAGGAGUGUCUAGGCUCCUGGGACAGAAAAUUGUGGAGUGUACGUGUCCAGUGGUGAGGGGAGUUAUGGAGAGAAUUCGUGCUGGUAUGGACAAACGCUGGAGUCUGAGUGAUGAAGAUGCUCUUCUGGACUGCCAUGCCGUACUGUCCUCAUUUCUGGACCCACGUUUUAAAGAGUUGCGGUUUCUCAGCCCACAUGCCCGUAGCAAGCUUCAUGACAAGGUGAAAGAGCUGCUAUCUGUUCAGGCUUUCACAAGGAGCGAAGGAAUGAAUGGAGAGAGAAGACAAAGCGUGCAAAUGGAAGAGACUGUGGAUGAACGGGAAGAACCUGUAGAUUUUGUAUUGGAUGAUUCUUUGACACUGCCUGUAAUGGCUUCUUUGGAUUCUCCUGAAUCGUGCGGCUCAGCGGAGGAAGGUGACAGCGUUGAGCUGCAGCCAAGCGAGCCCUUCGUUGCCAUAUCAUCUCCAGAACAGGUCAAUGAAAAUGCACUUGAGGUUGUUAAAUCACCUUUCAAGAACGCCAAUGAACGUAAAAGACGUUCUAGUGGGACCAGUUUGACCUCGCCGCUGAGGGGAGAUUUACAGCACACGCCUCGAACACGAAUAAGUCCUCUCCCACAGAGCAUGUACGAUAUUCUUCUGGGCGAGGACCCUACUGAGCGAAUGCCCGAAAUUCACCAGCAGCUGGAGAAUUACAUAGCAGAGCCGCUCUGCAGACGCAGCCUCUCGCCUCUGCAAUGGUGGCGCAACAAGGAGCAUCGCUUUCCUGCGGUGGCCAGACUGGCACGAAAAUACCUGUCCAUACCAGCAACUGCUGUUUCCGCCGAUCGGACCUUUGCCCCUAGGGAGUCUCCAGUGACCCAAAGAAGGGCCACAUUGGGAUCUAAACACCUUGAUCAUAUUUUGUUUCUCCAUCAGAACACUGAUUACGUAGAUCAGCUGAAAGGUGGACCCUCUGUACGUGAAAUUGACCAGUGGAACAAUGUCAGUGGAAACCAAAGCAGAGAAAGUCUUUACCAGACUCUAGUGUCUUAUGAAAGUAAGGUUCGUGUGCCUGAGGAAGAGUCAUGAUCACUGUUUAUUUUUUGGUUACAUUUUUGAACAGUUCUGUCACAUCCCACAAUAAGCUCCUUUAAUUACAUGGUUAUCUGAUCAC